UAUCCAAAAGUGACAUCCAUCCAUAGUAAACUAACUUCCAUCCAUAAUGUUAAUAGGCUUCUACGUUGACACGACACGCAACCCGUCUCCCUUCUGAGUUGCCGGGAAAGUUUUAUGUUUUAUCACUUCCUUCGUUCGCGCCGUUCACGCUUUAUCACUGCCGUUAUCCGCACGGAGCUAAAACUAUAAAACCAGUCUCCCUGCGCGUGUCACGCCUCUUUUGCAUUGUGCUACAGUGCAAACCGGCAAAGCUUAUCAAGGAACACUCAAGGUCAGUGAAGUCAAGACAGCAGCCGGCCCCCCCUGCAGCCGGUGAUUUGGAAACAAUGCUGCGUUGUGCCAGUAGCAAAUUUCAUGUUGUGGACAUCUUGCGAGCGUCUUCCCGUUGCUUGUCGUCGACAGCUGCGGCAGUGAAGCCCGUCACUUCCCCGGACAUCAAGUACACUCAGAUUUUGAUUAACAACGAGUGGCAUAACUCGGUAUCUGGCAAGACUUUCCCUACAGUUAACCCCACGACAGGGGAUGUCAUAGUCAACGUCCAGGAGGCGGACAAGGCAGACGUAGAGAAAGCAGUGAAAGCUGCUCAAGAUGCGUUCAGGCUGGGAUCGCCAUGGCGAUCCAUGGAUGCAUCAGACAGAGGAGUGCUGCUCAACAGGCUGGCCGAUCUCAUCGAAAGAGACAAAGCGUACAUUGCUAGCCUCGAAACACUGGACAAUGGCAAGCCAUUCCUAGAUGCUUACAAUGCAGACCUCAAUUUGGUAAUCAAAUGUUUCAGAUACUAUGCUGGGUUUGCCGACAAGAAUCACGGAAAGACCAUUCCGAUUGACGGAAACUUUUUUGCUUUCACGCGCCACGAGCCAGUCGGAGUCUGUGGACAAAUUAUUCCCUGGAACUUCCCAGCCCUGAUGCAAGCAUGGAAAUUGGGACCAGCGUUAGCCAUGGGAAACACGGUAGUCAUGAAGCCCGCAGAACAGACCCCGCUGACUGCACUCUACAUCGGACAACUAUGCAUAGAGGCCGGCUUCCCUCCGGGUGUGGUGAAUCUUGUUCCUGGACAUGGACCCACUGCUGGCCAGGCCAUAGCUAAUCACAUGGCUGUUGACAAGCUGGCUUUCACAGGCUCCACAGAGGUUGGGAAACUGGUGAUGGCAGCAGCAGCUCAAAGCAAUCUCAAGAAAGUGACAUUGGAGCUUGGAGGGAAAAGCCCCAACAUCAUCUUUAAAGAUGCUGAUUUGGACGAAGCGAUUGAGACGGCGCACUUUGGCCUCUUCUUCAACCAGGGCCAGUGCUGCUGUGCUGGGUCUCGCAUCUUCGUCGAAGCGUCCAUCUACGAUCGCUUUGUAGAACGCAGCGUGCAACUCGCCAAGGCUCGAGUCUUGGGUGACCCCUUUGAGCCAACAACCACCCAGGGACCACAGGUCGAUCAAGACCAACUCAACAAGAUCACGCAGCUCAUUGAAUCCGGAAAAACAGAGGGGGCCAAGCUACUCUGUGGAGGGAAGCGACACGGCUCGCGUGGCUACUUUGUUGAGCCCACUGUCUUUGCUGAGGUGAAGGACGGUAUGCGUAUCGCCAGGGAAGAGAUAUUUGGCCCAGUCAUGCAGAUUCUCAAGUUUGACAACGUCGACGAACUUAUCGAGCGUGCCAACAGCACAGAGUAUGGCUUGGCAGCCAGUGUGUUCACAAGGGAUCUGGAGAAGGCGCUAUAUUUUUCCAGCGGCCUUAAAGCAGGAACUGUUUGGGUCAACUGCUACGAUGUGUUUGGGGCUCAAGUUCCCUUUGGGGGUUACAAGAUGUCCGGCAUCGGUCGAGAGCUCGGUGAAUACGGACUGGAAGCGUACACAGAAGUCAAAGCAGUUGUUAUCAAGACACCACAGAAGACAAGCUGAGAAGAACAUUAAAUUCAAUGUUGAUUAUUUGAGCCACAUUUUUAUGGAAUGUAUACCAGUGUAGGAGUUUAAGGAAAAAUAUACUAUUUUGUUAUAAUGA